CCAACAUCGCGGCGGCCCGCUCUUAUCUGUCCGCCGCCACCAAGUACAAGGAGAGGACCUCGGCCGUCUCCAUGGUAGCGCUCAUGCAGGUUCUCGGCUUCGUCGUGGGCCCGGCGCUUCAAGCAGCCGUGACUCCUCUGGGCGACGAGACCCGCAUCCUUAUGGGCCUGCCCAUGAACAUGUACACGGCCGCCGGCUGGAUAAACGCGCUCCUGGGAAUACUCAACUUUGUCUUCUUCCUGCCCUGCUGCUUCACCGAGCGCAACAUCGCCGCGAAGGAGGCGAUGCGCGACCAGGGCAAGCAGUCCGAGGAGGAGACUUGGAAGUCCGUAAGGACCGACUACCUGGCCGCCUGGUCCGUCAUAUGCGCCUUCUUCGUCCUCGUCUUUAACUUUGUGCUCCUGGAAACACUCGGUACUUCGCUGACGAUGGAUCAAUUCGCCUGGGGCCGGGAGGACUCGGUGUUCUACAUGGGACUGCUAAUGAGCGUCGGCGCUGUCAUCUCCUGCGUCGUCUUCUCUGGUGUCGGUCCGCUGAGCAAGAGGUUCGACGAGAGGCGGGUGAUGCUGUGGGGAGGCUUCUUUUGCAUGAUAAUCGGGCGCAUCAUCCACAUUCCCUGGGGCACCGAACCACCGCUCAUCGCCGAACUUGGAGCCUACGGCAACGAGACGACGGACCCCCUGACGAACGCCACGAAGCUGGGCUGCCCGAGUGUCCAGGAGUGGUGCCGCUACACGCCCCGCAUGACCAUCCUGCAGUUCGUGAUCGGUUACGGGUUCACGGCGAUCGGCUACCCGAUCGGCGUCUCCCUCGUCCAGUCCAUCUUCACCAAAGUCCUGGGCACGCGGCCCCAGGGCGUCUGGCAGGGCCUCUUAACCGGUGGAGGGUGUGCCUCCCGGGUCCUCGGCCCCGUCUUCGUCGGCCUCAUCUACACGCGCUACGGCAUCUACCACACCUUCGGCGUGACUGGGCUCACCCUCGUCGUCUCCAUGGUCUGGCUGUCGUUGGUCUACGACCGCCUCGUGUCGCCGGACAAGAGGCCCGAGGAAUCGCCCAAGAAACAGCCCGAGGAGGUGCCGCUCGAGCAGCUCGAGUGACGUCGGAGGAGAGCAGCGACGCGGCCAAGAGGAUGCUGCUCGAUGGUAGCGCCUGAGCACUAGGCACUUGCGCACCGGUGCUCGCACGUCGGGUUGCCUCUCUCGAUUUUUCUCUCCCCGUUCGGUGUGCGUGUCUUUACAUGAUCGAUCGGCCACCUUUGGGCUUCGAGGGGACGUUUUUUUUUUUUUUUUUUUUUUACGAGUGCCACGGUGGACGUUAAAAGCGGGGUUUACCUGACAGCCGAUAGGGAUCCGGUGAAGGAGCUGGUUUUAAUGAGCUUUUGUUUUGGCUCCGAUAACCGGUGGCUGAGGAAACAAAGGGCGCCCCAGUCAAAUGUCGACGGGGGGCGAAGAAUCAGUUAUCGUGGUCGGAAUAUCUACCCGUGGCUGCCUUUUUUUUUUUUUGGGUGUAAUCCCUUGCGUUGAGUUUUCUCGUGCUUUUCUUGUUUUUACGAGGGGCAGAGUCGAUAAUUUUUACCUCCGCGGUGGGAUGCGCUUGCGGACGUGGGAAAAUUACGAAAUCGGGGCCCGUGCCUCGAGUGGCGUCGUGGUAUUAUUACUUUUUGCUCUU